UGGCGGUGCGACAAGGUGUUUGUCAAAAAGCAUCACGAAUGCUCGCUGAAAACUGAGCUGACAGAAAUUCGUGACCCCUUCAUAUCUCCAGCCAGGCAUGCGUCUGGUGUACCUGUGUGCCCAGCAGUUAGGGGGAAGAGAGAUGGGUAUGGGGGGGUGGUGGCCGGGAGCAAAUGUCAUUCUUCCUCGCAGAACCUGCAGCGGUCGCGGUCUGGCAGCCCCAUUGUGAUCCUUCGGGAUGUGCAAACUGUCCAGAAAACAUCAUCCGCUUGUGGGCACAAGCCUGAAACCGUCCGCCUUGUCACCAAGGACCUCAUCCGUGACCUCAUCAUCCCUGCAGAGAACCCAGUAGCAUCCCUUGUUAUCAACCUGGAGGAUUUCCAGCGCAUUAAGGAAGCAUCUCGAGUCCUGACCAAGGAGGAGCGUGAGGCCAAGCUUGCAGCCCUCAAAGCAGAGAAGAACGCCAUUCUAGAAGCAGCGAGCGAGCGCAAGAACGCCAUGAAGCAAAGGGCCAUCCUGCAGCAGAAGAAGAGCAAGCUGAGUGACCUGGAGGAGGAAGCACGAGACCGGGCCCAGCACCUGCUGCAGCGGGCAAACAGGAUGCGCAUGGAGCAGGAAGAUGAGAUCAAGGAGUUCAGCGAGCUGAUCCUCAAUGCCAAGUGCCACAUGAUCCGUGACACACAGAUCUUGGAGAAGCAGCUAAUCACAAAGGAGCUAGAGGAGGAGGAGAAACGGCUGGCCCAGAUGAUGGAGGUGGAAAGACAAAAGGCCAAUGAGAGGCAGGAGGAACUGGAAAACAAAAGGAAGCAGGAGCUGAUCAGAGGGAAGCAGGAGCUUGUGAAGCAGAUUGAGCAGAAUGCAGAGGAGAGGGCUGUGAGAGCUGAACAGCGAGACCAGGAGGCUCAGGAGAUGUUGGAGUACUUGAAAAAGCUGCACAUGGAAGACUUGAAGCAGGAGAAGAUGGCAGACCAGCGGGUGCUCGAAUAUCAGAAACAGAAAAUGGCACGGGAAGCUGAGUUUGAAGCUGAACAGGAGAGAAUCCGUCGGGAGAAGGAGAAGGAGACAGCGCGCUUGAGGGCCUUGCAAGAAAGAGCCCAGGACCACCAGGCAGAGAAGGACGCACUGAGGGCCAAGCGCAGCCAAGAGGCUGCCGAGCGAGAGUGGCGUCGGAAGGAGAAGGAGGCAGCCCAGAAGAAGGCAGAGACGGACGACAUGCUGAAGCAGAGCCGCCUGGAGCAGAUUGCUGCACGGGAGCACAGCCUGGCUGUGCAGGUGCAACAGGACCGUGACGAUUUUGAGAGGAUCCUCAGAGCCCAGCGGGAGCAGAUUGAGAAGGAGAAGGCAGAGGAGGCGCAGAGGGCAGCCGUGCAGCUUGCCCAUGCUAAUGAAGUCCGGCGCCAGAUGCGGGAGCAUCAGCAGAAGCUGGUGCAGGAGCGGGUCGCUGCCUUCGAGGAGGGCCGGCGGCUGCAGGAAGAGGCCCGUCAGCGCAGUGAGCGCCUCACUGAGCUCAAGCGACAGAAGAUGCAGGAGCUGAGAGCCUCUGGCAUCCCUGAGAAGUACUGUGCCCAGGUGGAGCGGAAGGCUUUGAGCGGAGCAAGUGCAGCCCCUGGCCUGGCUCAGCCGUGCAAGGAACAGUGCACUGUUUCCUCAGCAACUUAAGAGUUUCUAUUUUCUUAGAUUGAGAUUUUAUAA